GCCACCAAAAUGUCUCCUCAAGGUAGAAUCGUCACAGCGGCCAUUGUAGUGCUGGGAUUAAGCACACACCUGGUGUUUGCACAAGGCCUUAAUUGCACAGACAACAGAUACCCAGUGGACAGCGACAUCAUUGUCACCUGUGGCCCCUCUGAAAUCAGCCUGACCAUCAAUGCCUGCCCCGUUCAGUUCGCCUCGUUUAACCCUGAGUCCUUAGCGCUUAACGGUCAGCAUAACCAGAGUCACUGCGCGGGAGCCCUGGUCACAUCGCUAGAUCCUCCAGUAAUGAGCUUCACCUUCCCUCUCAAUGAUACCAGACAAAACCCAUGUGGUAACACCAUAGAGAUAAUUAACAGCCAAGGAAGUGGUCUAUUCGCUGACUACUCCAACGUGCAAACAGUGGUGAUUUCGGGCUUUGUGGACACCCCGGCUAUAGCGGAAUCGGGAAUCGUGAGCUUCAGCACAAACCUGAACUACAAUUUCUCCUGCCACUAUCCGCUGCAGUAUUUUCUUAAUAACGUGCAGCUUCUGACGUCUUCAGCGAGUGUCGCCGUAAAUACGAAUAAUGGCAGCUUCAUCAGCACCUUGAGUAUGCGGCUCUUCCUGGAUGAAAACUUCACAGUUCCUCUAGAAAAUAAUGGAAGCACCUUACCGCUGAAACAGAAGGUUUACGUUCAAGUUAUCGCCACCAACCUAACGGCCAACUUUCACGUGCACCUGGACCAAUGCUUUGCUACACCAGCUCCUGUAAUAACCACUAUACCUAGUGAGAAAUACAGCCUUUUAACCGGGUGUAAUGUUGAGAAUAAAACAACUAUUAUUCAAAAUGGCAAGAGCAAAACAGCCACAUUCAGCUUUGAGACCUUCCGGUUUCUGGCGCACAGCACUCAAGCAAAAUCUACCAUCUACCUUCAUUGUAUGACACGGCUCUGCCAACCAGAUCAGUGUGUGGCACUCCAGCAGAUUUGCAGCACAUCAAAGAGAAGAAAGAGAGACGUUACCUAUAUACAAAGAGCUACAGACACAGUGACGGUGUCUUCUGGUCCUAUCUACACCACAGACGAUGCAGGUGUUACAUCGCAGCUGUCCGGUCAGAGCAACUUGAGUGGGGCUAAGGAGUUAGAAGGUACCUUGACAGGACUCAUCGUUGGACUCAUCAUUGCUGCUCUGUUGGGCGCUGCCCUGGUGUUUGGCGUUGUCAUCCUGUAUAAAAUGUAUCGUCUCAGAGCAUCUCAGAAUGAGAAAAGCCUAGGCUGACAAGUGUGUGUAUCCAUGUGAUAAUAAGCACUGUCCUCAGGUCAAAUGCACAGUUUAUAAAAUCAUAUAACUAAUCACUUUAAAUCAUUGAAAAUAUAUCAUUAUUUUUCAGCAUGCUGACAUGUAUGUGUAUUUGUGCAGAAUAUAAAUGGUGCAAUAAGUGACGUCUCCAGAUGCAAUCAGCUCGUUACACUGCCAGACAGCAACAGAUAAACUCCCGGAGGCACCUCUAUAUAGUGGCACAUUAUGUAUUAGAGAUAAAGUACUCUGUAACAUAUACCUGUAUGUCUGCUGAGCUUGUGAAAUGACAUAUCUGUAUGGUAAUAUUAUUUGUGAUUGAUUAAAUGAAUAUGCUCAAAUUCAGACUUAUUUUCUUGUAACUAAUAAAAAUAAAUUCUAACUAA